ACUGCUCGAAACGUUGUUGUUGCGCGCGGGCGGACGACGAAAUCGUGAGAAAAUUGAACGAAAGCCACUGGAAAACACGGAUGAAAACAACGGCGCAUUCGGCUCGUGAUUUCGACCGCUUUUGAGUGAGAAAAACCCGCCUGUUUUUUUCUAACUGCAUUUUAAAGCGUGCGUGUGCGUGUGUGUGUGCGCGCGUGUACGUGUUCGAUUCGUUUGGACGCGCUUUGCAAUUUCUGUUAUUCUGUGUGGUUCCUGUACUACAGUAAAUACUCGCCGAAAGUUGUGUGCGGCCAAAAAAUGUGGGCGAAACGUGUGCGAUAAGUAAAAGCCCGUUUAUAAAAGUCUGCAACUAAAUGCCCACCAGUUGGCCAAGUUAAGAGACCAUCCUACGAUCAAAACGACAUAACUUUAUAAGACCCCAAAUAAUUCGAAAAAGCCGGCAAAACGACGUCCAAGAAGAAGCAGACGCAGCCGACGCGGCCGAAGACGAGCAGCAUGUUUAAGUGCAUUCCCAUCUUCAAGGGCUGCAAUCGGCAGGUGGAGUUCGUGGACAAGCGCCACUGCUCCCUGCCGCAGGUGCCCGAGGAGAUCCUGCGCUACUCCCGCACCCUGGAGGAGCUCUUCCUCGAUGCCAACCACAUCCGGGACUUGCCCAAGAAUUUCUUCAGAUUGCAUCGCCUGAGAAAGCUGGGACUGAGUGACAAUGAAAUUGGCCGCCUGCCGCCGGAUAUACAAAACUUUGAAAAUCUCGUCGAGCUCGAUGUUUCACGCAAUGACAUACCCGACAUUCCCGACGACAUCAAGCAUCUGCAGAGCCUGCAGGUGGCCGACUUCAGCUCGAAUCCGAUACCCAAGCUGCCCUCGGGCUUCUCCCAGCUGAAGAACCUGACCAUCCUGGGCCUUAACGACAUGUCGCUCACCACAUUGCCAGCGGACUUUGGCAGUCUGACGCAGUUGGAAUCGCUGGAGCUGCGCGAGAAUCUGCUCAAGCACCUACCCGAGACAAUAAGCCAGCUCACGAAGCUAAAGCGACUGGAUCUGGGCGACAACGAGAUCGAGGAUCUGCCGCCCUACCUGGGCUACCUGCCCGGCCUUCACGAGCUCUGGCUGGACCACAAUCAGCUGCAGCGACUGCCGCCGGAGCUGGGACUUCUGACCAAACUGACCUACCUCGAUGUGUCCGAGAAUCGGCUGGAGGAGCUGCCCAACGAGAUCAGCGGUCUGGUCAGCCUGACUGACCUGGAUUUGGCCCAGAAUCUGCUCGAAUCGCUGCCCGAUGGCAUUGCCAAGUUAAGCAGACUGACAAUCCUUAAACUGGACCAGAAUCGAUUGCAGCGCUUAAACGACACGCUCGGAAACUGUGAAAACAUGCAGGAGCUUAUUCUCACAGAGAACUUCCUCUCCGAGUUACCAGCCUCCAUUGGCCAGAUGACCAAGCUAAGUAAUCUGAACGUGGAUCGCAACGCGCUGGAGUACCUGCCCCUGGAGAUUGGUCAGUGUGCCAAUCUGGGCGUGCUAAGUCUGCGGGACAACAAGCUGAAGAAACUGCCACCGGAGUUGGGCAACUGCACCGUACUGCAUGUGCUCGACGUGAGCGGGAAUCAACUGCUGUAUCUGCCCUAUUCGCUGGUCAAUCUGCAGCUGAAGGCCGUUUGGCUGUCGGAGAAUCAGUCACAGCCGCUGCUAACUUUCCAGCCCGACAUGGAUGCGGAGACGGGCGAACAGGUGCUGUCCUGUUACCUGCUGCCCCAGCAGGAAUAUCAGCCAAUUACCCCAGACUAUCCACCCAUGACGCUUUAUAGAUCAAGCGAAAAAUUCGAUUCAACGGAAUUCUUCAGUUAUCAGCAAAAAGCCCGCGACCUGGAAUCGGAUUCGGAGCCGUUCGAGGAGCGCGAACCGUCGCGCACCGUGGUCAAGUUCUCGGAGGAGGCCACCCAGGAGAAGGACACGCCCUUCGUGCGUCAGAACACGCCGCAUCCUAAGGAUCUCAAGGCCAAGGCACAGAAGCUGAAGGUGGAGCGCAGCCGGCACGAGGAGCACGCCAAUCUGGUCACGCUGCCGGAGGAGAACGGCACCAAAGUAGCAGAGACUCCAACCGAGACCCGAACCAUUACAAAUAAUCACCAACAGCAGGUGCAGCCAGUUCAGCAACCAAUCGUUGGUGUAAAUUCCAAACAGCCAGUAGCUGUGGGUGUUGUCUCUCCAAACACAGCAACAGUUGCGCCACCAACUGUACAGGGUGCCUCAGAGGGCACCAGUACCACCGCCAAUAAUGUGAAGGCAGCAACAGCAGCCGUGGUUGCCGAACUAGCAGCCACUGUUGGUACCACCGAUGAGGGUCAAGAUGAUGAUGAGCAGGAGGAUGAGUUCGAAUCCGAUCGCCGUGUAGGCUUUCAGGUGGAGGGCGAAGAUGAUGACUUCUAUAAGCGACCACCCAAAUUGCACAGAAGGGACACCCCGCAUCAUCUGAAGAACAAGCGUGUCCAGCAUUUAACCGACAAGCAGGCCAGCGAGAUCCUGGCCAAUGCCCUGGCCUCCCAGGAGCGAAAUGAUACCACACCGCAGCACUCGUUGUCCGGCAAAGUGACAUCGCCCAUAGAGGAGGAAGAGCAGCUAGAGGUGGAGAGGGAACAGGACCAACAGCAGCAUCCAUUCGACUCGUCGCUCUCGCCCAUUCCAGCUGGCAAAACAGAGGCUAGCACCGACCCAGACAACUUGGAUGGGGUAACGGAGCUGCGUGUGGAGCAGUAUGAAAUACACAUCGAACGCACUGCAGCCGGCUUGGGUUUGAGUAUUGCCGGUGGCAAGGGUUCCACACCUUUCAAGGGCGACGAUGAUGGGAUCUUCAUAUCAAGGGUCACCGAAGCCGGGCCCGCCGAUCUGGCUGGCUUGAAAGUGGGCGACAAGGUGAUCAAGGUCAACGGCAUUGUCGUCGUGGAUGCGGAUCACUAUCAGGCGGUGCAGGUGCUGAAAGCCUGUGGAGCCGUUCUGGUUUUGGUGGUCCAGCGAGAGGUGACCCGGCUGAUUGGACACCCCGUGUUCAGUGAGGAUGGCAGUGUUUCGCAGAUCUCGGUGGAAACAAGGCCACUAGUAGCAGAGGUUGCCCCUCCAGCGGCGUCUGUUAGCCACGAGCGUUACAUCCCGGCACCCAUUGAAGUUGUGUCUCAACAGCAACAGCAACAGCCGCAGCAGCUUCAACAACAACAGCCAAUUCAGCAGGUUGCUCCCACCCAUAGCUAUUCGGGCAAUGUUUUUGCCACACCUACUGCCGCACAAACCGUGCAGCCUGCUGCCCCCAAUGGAUUGCUACUGAAUGGCAGGGAGGCGCCUCUGAGCUACAUCCAGCUGCACACCACGCUUAUUCGUGAUCAAAUCGGGCAAGGACUGGGCUUCAGCAUUGCGGGCGGAAAGGGUUCGCCACCGUUCAAGGACGACUGCGAUGGCAUUUUCAUAUCGCGCAUCACGGAGGGUGGACUGGCGCACCGCGAUGGCAAAAUUAUGGUGGGCGACAGGGUCAUGGCGAUUAACGGCAACGAUAUGACUGACGCGCAUCAUGACGCAGCCGUCGGCUGUCUGACUGAACCGCAGCGAUUUGUGCGCUUGGUAUUGCAACGGGAGUACCGAGGCCCGCUGGAACCACCGACGAGUCCACGUAGUCCGGCCGUGCUUAACUCGUUGAGCCCCUCCGGAUAUCUGGCCAACCGACCAGCUAACUUUAGCCGAGCUGUCGGGGAAGUUGAGCAGCCUUACAAGUACAACACCCUGGCUUCGACCACGCCCACAGUCACACCCACACCCACUGUGCCAGCUAGCUUAAACAACAAUAAUAAUACGCUGCCCAGCAGCAAAACUAAUGGAUUUGCCGCUGCUGCCACGAUAGACAGUGCCACGGGGCAACCUGUGCCGGCUCCUCGUCGCACCAACUCCGUUCCGAUGGGCGAUGGAGACCAUGGAGCGGCCUCCACAUCUAGUGGUGAUUCCGGCGAGGCUCAGCCUUCCUCGUUGCGACCGCUGACCAGCGACGAUUUUCAGGCGAUGAUCCCGGCACACUUCCUCAGCGGCGGCAGUCAGCAUCAGGUGCAUGUGGCCCGGCCCAACGAGGUGGGCGUGAGUGCCGUCACGGUUAAUGUCAAUAAGCCUCAGCCGGAUCUACCCAUGUUCCCGGCGGCACCCACCGAACUUGGCCGCGUCACCGAGACCAUCACCAAGUCCACGUUCACGGAGACGGUGAUGACGCGCAUCACCGACAAUCAGUUGGCGGAACCCCUGAUCAGUGAGGAGGUUGUGCUGCCCAAGAACCAGGGCUCGCUAGGAUUCAGCAUCAUUGGCGGCACGGAUCAUUCCUGUGUGCCUUUCGGCACUCGAGAGCCAGGCAUUUUCAUAUCGCAUAUUGUGCCCGGCGGGAUUGCCUCCAAGUGCGGCAAGCUGCGCAUGGGCGAUCGCAUAUUGAAAGUCAACGAGGCGGAUGUUUCCAAGGCCACUCAUCAGGAUGCCGUGUUGGAGCUUCUGAAGCCAGGGGAUGAUAUCAAACUGACCAUUCAACAUGAUCCCUUGCCACCAGGCUUCCAGGAAGUGCUCCUCAGCAAAGCGGAGGGCGAACGCCUGGGAAUGCACAUCAAGGGCGGUCUGAAUGGGCAGCGCGGUAAUCCCGGAGAUCCCUCGGACGAGGGUGUGUUUGUGUCCAAAAUUAACUCUGUCGGUGCGGCCAGACGGGAUGGAAGGCUUAAGGUUGGCAUGCGUCUGCUAGAGGUUAAUGGACACUCGCUGCUGGGCGCCUCGCACCAAGAUGCGGUCAAUGUGCUGCGCAACGCCGGCAACGAGAUUCAAUUGGUCGUCUGCAAAGGCUACGACAAGUCCAAUUUAAUUCAUUCCAUUGGCCAGGCCGGCGGCAUGAGCACUGGCUUCAACUCGUCUGCAUCCUGCAGCGGUGGCAGUCGCCAAGGUUCGCGUGCGUCGGAAACGGGGUCGGAAUUGAGCCGGAGUCGAAGUGUAUCCAGUCUGGACCACGAGGAAGAAGAUCGCCUGCGACAGGAGUUCGAUGUUUUCGCCUCAUCUCCGACGCCUCCUGCUGCCACCACCACCAUUACGCCCACACCCACACCCACGCCAGCGGCAUCUGCUGAUUUACCAGCUCCGGACACGCCAGCUACCCAGACCGUGGCGCUUAUUCACGCAGAACAGGCCCAUCAACAACAACAACAGCAGCAGGCGCAGACACAGCUGGCGCCUUUGGGUCAGGAGAAGAGCACUCAGGAGAAGGUGCUGGAAAUUGUACGCGCGGCUGACGCCUUCACCACCGUGCCACCGAAGUCACCGUCGGAGCACCACGAGCAGGAUAAGAUACAGAAGACGACGACGGUUGUCAUAUCGAAGCACACGCUCGACACGAAUCCAACCACCCCCACAACGCCGGCGGCGCCUCUUCCCAUUGCGGCCGCCGAGUCAGUGAACUCUGGUCCUGCUCCUUCUCCAGUUGCUGUUCCAACUUCUGCUCCUGCAUCCUCGGCAGGUUCGGUGCCAGUUCCAGCCGUGGCCGUGCAGACGCAAACGACCUCUGCGGAGAAGGAUGACGAGGAGCAGUCGCAACUACAGCAACGAGGCACCCAGACGCCCGAUCGCCUAGCCCCCGGCGCACGUUACUCCUACCAGCAGAUGCUGGAGUCGCAGGAGGAGAAUCGAACAGCUGGCAAGGCCACCCAGUCAAAGCCCAAGAAGGCUGAGCCGGUGUAUAUUAUAGAUGACGAGGAUGAGGACGACGAGGAGGAGGAUGAAUAUGAGGCAGAUUCCCAGAAGCUAGACGACAUCGAUGCUAUUCUGGAGGAGGACGAGGAGGAUACCGAGAGCUCUCCGCCUUUGGAAGUGCAGUCCCCACCUUCCUAUGCAGACACUGAUUCUGACACCUUCGACCGCCGACGUGGACGCUACACCAGCGAUUCGGAGAGUGACUGCCGGCCUUACAAACCGUCGAGAUCGGGACGUAGCACGCCGGAAUAUGGAGGUCAUCGGAAGUCUGUAAGCUUCGAUCUCAGCGGAGACGAGCGAUCUAGAUCGGACUACGAGCGAUCCCGCUCUCGCACCCCAGACGGAUACACUCGGGCCUACGAUUCGGAGCAGGAUACACGGGGAUCGGGACGCAAUCGCUUGCCACGAAAGGGUAUCCUGCGCGCUACCAGUCCGUGCUCCACGUUGGAGAAAGCUGAGCCCAUUGUACCAGCCGUAGCACGCAUUCGAGAAGUGGAAUCCCCGCAACUGCAGCGAGUUUCACGAGCUACUUCUCCAGAUCUCCCCGGUGAACUGGAUCGAGAAAAUCCCUUCCGGCAUCCCACACCCGAAGACGAUGAGUACACGAGGAUAGCCAAGGAGGUCAGCAGGUCACCACGUUCUCCACGCACCACCCGCGAACAGUUCUUCUUUGGUGCCUCGAGAUCUAACGAGGAUUUGCUGGAGCAAUCCCAGUCGCAAUCCAGUGGACGCAGUACACCCAACACUGUGAUCUCCAAAUCCACGGAGAAUCUUACGGGCACUCGACCGAAAAUACCUCCGCCCACGGCGCCAAAACCGCAGUUGAAGAAAGCCAAUAUAGUGCGAAAUGUGGCGCUGGAAACCUUCCAGGCCAGCGAUGUGGGACAAGGGGAUUUCACGGUAUUCGAGCACGAUGCCAGCACGAAUACGAUCCAUCCCGUGGAGGCGAAACUGCCAGUGAGGGUGGUGACCAAGACGAAACCGAGUCGCCCUAGGGAAUCACCACCACCGCCGCCUGUUAACUUCGCCACGCUGCCCAAGAUACCCAGCACACCCAUUUUGCGGGAAACGGAGGAGUCCAUCUAUAUGGAGGCCCUGCCACCCACGCCCUCCCAGCUCCGGCCACACGAAUUCCUGCACGAGAAUUCGCCCGAUAAUAUUCUGGUUUCGCCGCAGGAGCACCGCGAGUAUUUGCUGCGGGAGAACGAGCUAAGGAAUCAGUUGCGGGCACCCCACGAACCAGCACCGCCCGUUCCCAUUGUCGGCGGUGGAUAUUCGUCAACACCUGCCAGCAGGGACGGAGCAGAGCAGCAGCAGGCCACAGCCAAGCCAACACCGACUAAAGUGCCUAAAUCGGUUUCCGAUAAAAAACGCUUCUUUGAGUCAGCCAUGGAGGAUCAACACAAGCCCACACAAAAGACAGACAAAGUUUUCUCAUUCCUGUCAAAGGAUGAAGUAGAAAAGCUGCGACAGGAGGAGGAGAGGAAAAUUGCAACAUUGCGCCGUGAUAAGAAUUCCAGAUUACUGGAUGCCGCCAACGACAACAUUGACAAGGACGCCGCCGAGAAGCACCAUGGUAACAGCAACAGUAACAGCAGCGGCGAGGAUAAUGAUGACAGCGACCAGGCGGAGGACAUCGCUCGCGGGGAUUUCGUUGACAACGCCGCUCUGGGCCACUUGGAUGAUGCGGAGGACAUGAGAGCCGCACAAAGUUUGGCGCAGACAAUGCCACAUGCCCCCAGCAAAAUACCCAAACAGAAGCAAGAAAAGAAGGCCGUUUCUGAGGUGAGGGCGAAACACGUUGGGGCUACUCCCACGGCAGUUGAUCCGCCCAAGCCCUCGCUGCUGCCCAAGCCAAAGGUCAAGGUUGUCAUUCCACCGGCCCUGCAACAACGUCUUAAGCAGCAAAAGGAACAGCAAUCCCAGCCCGAGGAGCCCUCGAUUCCGGAGGAGGGACAUCAUGAGCCGGAGGAUUCGCCCUCCGCCGCAGGAGGCAGUCGCAUUCCCAUAAGAACCCUGAAGGCCGAACGCCGCGCCCUGGCCUCGGCUGCCCGCCAAUCUGGACUUAGUGUGGAGGAGUAUCUUGGGCAACUGGAGACGCAGGCCUCAGAUCCGGCCACUUCGCCCACUACGCCCACCGGCAAAAGCCGUUCCAUGAUUAAUGCUGAGAAGCGCGCCUCUUGGCGGGCAGCUCGUCUUCGAUCACUGGAGCAGGGAGCCGUGGAGGCCCAGGAUGUGAUCAAGAACAUGCGCAAGAUGACCGACGAUCUGAUCACCCACGAGUCCAGAGCCAGCGAGGCUCAGCCGAAAAUAGUCUUUCCCAAAAUUGCCAUAAAAUCGAGCGAUGGUCCAGUCAUUGUGCGCGAACGCGAGAAAAUACUCGAUGAGAAGAUUGUGCGCCGCACUGAGGAGGUGCCCUGCCCCAUUACGGGGCGACCUCAACUGCGCACCGUCGAGUACAUUGAGAAAAUCAUCGAGACGGAGGUGGAGACCUGCAAGGAGCGCAUCAUAUCCUUGGAGCUGCAAGUGCCCGAAACGGAGGAGGGCACCCUAGACGAAACUCAACCGCCAUUGGAGCUCGGGGCAGAUGAUUUUGAGGACAAUGCGGCGAAAGAGGACGAAGAUGACUUCGAUGACUAUGACGAUGAGGAUGAGGAGGAGGAGGACACUGCCUCCAUUGUGACCGUGCAGGCGAACAAUGAGAAGCUGUUCCUGCGCCACGAUUCCGAUGGCUAUGGUCCUUCGUCCAUCGAGAGCGUUGCAUCCGGCAAGGUCCGCAUCAAGCCCACGCCGCUCUCGCUCCACCAAACGCUGGCCAAGGAGACGACCAUUGUGGAGGUCCUGAACCCAGUCAUCGGCGGCGACGGCAGUGCCCGCACCAUCCACGUGAGCGGUGGCCUACCCUUCGACCCGGAGGACUUUGAACAGGGGGCCGUGGCCGUGUUGCGCAGCGAAACUUUCGUCCUGCCCGGAGCCACCGGCGGUGGAAGGUCUGAGUUGUCAUUAAAUGCUAAAAUGAAAACCGUGCUCGAGGAGCUGCUGGAGAACGAGCGCGUCAAAUUGAAUUUGCAAAAGAGCCUUGAGGGCGAGGAGGAGGACGAAGACGAUGAGGAUGGCAGUGCCUAUGGCGACGCGCGGGAUGAUGAGGAGAGCGCCUACGGCGAUGCCGUCGAUGAUGUUGUUGACUUUGGUGGCGCCACGGUCACAAGCCGCGCAGCUAAUGACCAGGAUGAUGCCAAGAACGGCAAUCAGCAGCUGCUCGAGGAGCUGAUUAAGGACAGCAACCGCAACACAAUAAUUGCUAAAUUGGCGGGCCAAUUGUCGGACGAUGAUGAAGAGGACGACGACGAGGAGGAGGAGGAUGAGGAGAGUAGUGACUCCUCGGACGAGGACAGCGAUGACUCCGACGAGGAGGACAAUGCUGAGCAGCAGCUGAAUGUCACCUAUGUGCAGGGCGCCCAGGUGAUCGAGAAUCUCAAUACGCUGGCCACGGGCAGCAAGCUGCAAAAGUCACAGACCUACACGACCAUCAAGCAGGCUGAGGAGCCAAGGGAAGUGGAACAGAAGGAGGAGCAGACCGCAUCCUCGGAGAAGGCAUGUGGAGCUGACACCCUGGCCCUGUUGCAGGCCGAGCAACGCGCCCUGGCGGAGAUCUCAAAGCAGUUGCGCAAGUCCGUUGAGGAUUUGCUCAGCGCCGAUGGCGAUACUGUCGUUGAAACGCAAAGGACCUACACUUUGCCUGCGGCCAGCGACAAAUCAGCGGUGGUAACCGUAACCGAGGUUGUUAAAAAGAAGAAAAAGAAGGGCGAAUCUGGGGAGGAACUAUUCAACCGCCUUCUAAGCGCGGGCGAGUCGGAGCGACAGGUCUUCGACCGACAGCAGGGCGAGACCAUAACGACCACCACCACCACCACCGAGGCUUUAAGUUCGGAGGACAACGAGCCAAGCACCAGUGUGGUGACCACCACUCGGACCGUGUCCAAUAUUGUGACUAGCGGAAUUCCCAGACCAGAAACCAGCAAGCAGAACAACCGCAGCGGCAACAGCAGCAGCGGCAACAAUAACCGCAACAAGAACAAGCGAAAGGGCAAAAAGAAGUAGAGGAUAUCCUGCAGCAGCUGGAAGGAAAUGGGAUAAAGUGUCGAAGUUGCGUAUACGCCGUGUGGUGGGUAUGAGUAUGUGAUCCGAGCGAUUUCUUACACGCACAACCUCCCGCACAGAAACACUCGCCCACACAUAUCAGCGUGUUAGAGAGCUCGCUGUCCAUGAUAUAUACCCACUAAUUGUAUACAUAUGUAUAUUAUGUAUGUACGAUAUUCGCAUAUGUAUUGAUAAUUUUAAUUAAUUGUGCAAAUAAUGUGUCCCCUGCAUUUACAAAACCCAUUUGUUACUAAUCACGAAAGUGUAUGCAUUAAAACAAAAUAUUUUCAUUGCAAAUUAAAAACAAUUCGAUUCGGGGUAUGAGAUAUUGCAAGAAUUUAACAGUAAAUUUAAUGUUGUGCAGCAACCACAAAGAAACGACAACAACACAAACCGUUGAGCCCAUCAGAAUUGAAUUAAUACGACAGCAGUAUCCACGAAAAAAAGCAAAAAUCUUAUUUAAUUCAAUUAAAUAAUUUCACUUUGUUUGCAUUUAACUAUCAUUUGCAUACAGCAUCUGGUUUUUCUCCCUCAUUUUUUCAAAUGGGCUUUGCUUGUUUUCCGCAAAUUAAAUUUACGUUUUAUGUUCUAGCACAAAAAGUAGGAGCCUUCGCAAAUCCGAGCCCAGCAGCCGGCAGAAGUAUUCACGAUGAUCCUUCUCGUACCAUCAAUAAACUCUAAGCAUUCCGACUGCCCGUAUUUUGGGCUUACUCUUUAUAGUUUUAGCCAUAAGCAAAAACCGGCAACUAAACGCAAUACGAAACGAAAAAGCGAGCAGAGAACAUAAAUCAAAUAAUCUUAAAAAAUGUAGUUAGCAGUGUGUAAGUGCGUCCAGUUGUAAUCCCUAGUAUGUAACACAAGGCAUAAGCACAACUAUGACAAAUGUCCUAUGGCGAUUUCAGUUUCCACUUUUAUACAAAUGUAAAAAUAUUUACAAGCAAUUUUAUGUAAUACCUAUGAUAUUUAGUGUAUAAAUUCGUCUUUUUAUGAAAGGAAAGAACGCCGCUAAGCGAAUGAAAAUAAACAAAUUGUAUUCAUUUUUAUUUAAAACAAA